GCACUUCCUAGCUCUCCUGCUUAGACCAGGCCACGGUUGUCAAAGCAGGUCAGAGGGUGACAGCUACUUGCCUCCACACCAUGGGAUGUGUAGCCUGUUGUAGUAAAGAAUCUGAAAAUGAAUGUAACGACUUUGAAGAAAAAAACAUGGACAAGGCAGCCAUCAAGAUCCAGGCCUGGUGGCGGGGGACCCUCCUGCGACAGAGCCUGCUGCACGCAGCCCUCUGCGCCUGGAUCAUCCAGUGCUGGUGGCGGGUAGCUCACGUGCGAUUAGUAGAGCGGCGUCGCUGGAUAGCGCUGCAGCUCUACACAAGGCGAGAGUGGGCCGUGGUGCAGCUUCAGGCCAUGGUCCACAUGUGGCGAGUGCGACGGCGCUACCUGAGGGCUCAGGCCGCGGCUCGCCUGAUCCAGACGCGCUGGCGCAGCUGCCUGGCCCGCGGGCUCCUGUGUGGGCACUACCAGAUCACGGCCACAGGCCUGGCAAUGGACAUGAGGGUCUUCAUUGCCUAGAGCCCGAUCUUCCCUCUCCAAUAAAGGAUUCUGUGUGACCCAACCUCUUCCCUCCUGCCCUGCAUCCUCCCCUGUGCUGCCUCAGGCACCAGGCUUAGAAUCAGCAAGACCCAACGUCAAAUCCUCCUCAGACACUAAUCAGCUGAGUGACCUUGGGCAAGGCACUUAACCUGUUUGCCUCAGUUUCCUCAUCUGUAAAACUGAAGCUAACAACAGC